ACCAAAACACCUUCUCCCUCCCUGAAGAAGGCUGGAUGUGACAACUGUACACAGUCAUCUCAACUGAAGAGAGUCUUAGAGCUGAAGUGGUAGAUUCUUCUUUUUAUGCCAAAAGACAAGGCCCAGGAAUAAAACUAUGAAGUACAGGACAAUUGUAAUGUACAUAGAAAUAGGUUGCUUUGUGGCCUGUGUGGUUGGAUGGAUCUUGAUUUUUUCCACCUUGCCAAUGGAAUACUGGACAUACUCAGAGGUUGCAUCUACAGUCCUCACUACCAAUUACUUCCAUUCCAACCUGUGGAAAGACUGUACUUCCGAUUCAACCGGUAUGGUUGACUGCAAGAUGUUUCCAACAUUGCUUGCUUUGCCACCGUAUAUUCAAAUGUGCCGUGCUCUAAUCAUCCUCUCAAUACUUUUGGGAAUAUUUGGAGCCAUUCUAGCCUUGGUAGGGAUGAAAUGCACGAAACUUGGUGGGUCAGAAAUUGCGAAUGCAAGAGUCACCUUUGCUGCAGGAAUGAAUUAUAUCGCAUCAGGUCUUUGUUCUUUGUUUGCUUACACCUCGUAUGGAAUAAAAGUUGUCGAAGAGUUUCUUGAUCCCAACUAUCAGAACCAAAAGUUUGAGCUUGGAGCACCACUGUAUAUGGGGUGGAUGGGUUCUUUGCUUCUCAUAUCUGGAGGAGUGAUUUACAGCAUCUUUGGAGGAAGGGAAGGUUGUCAUUCCAGGUCAACUAAAAAAAAGAAGGUGAAAUAUUCAGCAUAUGGCAGACCCUCCAUUGCAAUAACAGAGCCACGAAAAACAGCAACUAUACGUCAACCUUCAGCUCGUCCUCACAUUGAAAGAAAGAAGUCUGGGAGGACUAAGAAAGCUAAAGGCUACAGAAAGGAUGAAUAUGUCUAGCUUAUUCCUGUAUUAUUAACAUUAUUUUUUACUGAAAUUAAUCAGGAAAAGUGAUACAGGGUUGCCAGAUCAUAAACCAUAAUUAAAGAUAUUUUGUAAUCCAAGUGCUCUGAAAGUGGAUAAUCUUGCAAUUGUAAAAAAAAAAAAAAAGAAAAAGAAAAAUAUAUUUUCUUUGUAUCAUUUGCCAGAGCAUUUUAAUGUGCAAUUGGACUCGAAGUAGACGAUCCAAUUUGGCAACCAUCUAAUGUCUUAUCAGUUCCUCUACAGGUGCACAUGUUGGUGCACUGAUGUUACCUUGUCUGGUUUCAUUUGAAGAAUUCUGGGUUUCAGAAAGUUAUUAAGUUGACAAAAUACACAUUUGUAGUUUUAA